GGAUUUAAAUCGUCACGUGUUAGGAACGACAAGGGUUUCAUCAAAAUUAAUGUUCGCUGUCUGAUCGCUUAACGACUUCAUCUGAAGAGAGCAAGAUGAGCACGGAAAGGCCGAAGAGAAAUAUCAUUCAGAAGAAAUUUGAUGAUAACGACGGGAUUCCCUGGUCAGAGGAGCGAGUUGUGCGCCGUGUGCUCUAUCUCUCGCUCAAAGAGUUCAAGAGAGCUCAGAAGAGCCGCGUUGACAAUGGAACAGGAAUAAUAAAGCGUUCCUAUGUGAAUGGCCAUCUCAAUGGGUCAGGAGUGAAAACCGGACUUUUUGCGAGCAGUUGCAAGGCGGAAAGGCCUCGACGCUCAGCUCAGACUGACAGUGAAUUCUCAGGAGAAGGACCCGCCAGAAAGAGACCGAGGCUCCAAGCACAGAGGAAAUUUGCCCAGUCUCAGCCAAGCUCUCCUCAUGCCACACCAGUUAAACUCCUCGAGGCCAUACCACCCAGCCCUAGACUUCCUCUCAGCGAUCUCACCAAGUGCAAACCCAAAACAGAGGACUUCCUCACCUUCCUUUGUCUAAGAGGUUCUUCUGCUUUGCCCAGUAACAUGAAGUACUUCGGGAGUGCACAUGAAGAUGAAGACGCUGAUGAAGAAGAGGAAGAAGAAGAGGAGGAGGAGGAGAAUGAACGAAAGAAACAGUCUGCUAGUAACAUCACAGCUUCCUGUCAGGUCACUCCACGCAGGAGUAAAGCCCCGAGCAGAGUCAUCGCAAACGGAAAUGUGUUUAAUGGGCAUUCUCGGCCAAGUGGGGAACGGGAGAGAAGUCUGAGGGUCAGGGGGAGAGAUGGAGCCCAAGGAAGGGAGAGAGGUUCAGAAACAUCCAGGGCUUCAAGCACACACAAUCUACGGCCCAGCAAGCCUGCGCUGGAACACAAACAGCAGCCCCAUAAAGUGGCCCGACCACAGCGAGCUGCCUCAGCUAACAGUCGGAAGGCAUGGAAGGAAGAUUUGCCACCACUUCCCCUGACCAAAUCUGUGAAAUACCCCAAGGGCCAUGUGACCUACACCAAAGCCAGACUGUUGAAAGAGGCAAAGCUAGAGCUAAGUGCCCAGAGGCGGCACUUGAGUUCACAACACACCAACAUACACCUUCAGCACAAUAACUCAGGAAAAGCCCAAACUGGUCGCAGCAGGACACAAAAACAGUUGCCACCGUCAUCCGCAGUCAGACGCAGUGGACUGCGACAAUCGAAGAGGCAGCUGGAGAUGGCGGUGGUUAAACCGAAUCAAGCAGGGACUGAUGUGGAGGUAAAAAGGGUUAAGGUGCAGGUCAUUCCUCUGGAUACACGGAGCAGGAGAGCGGCUCAAAAGACCUUGCAUACAGGAACAAUGGAAUUGCGAGUGUCAGGAUCCCAGAGACCCAAAAGAGCCUCUGCUGGGAAGUUACCGCUUGUCAAAAGGACGUCGUGUAAAGCCACAUCUCGGGGCAAGAGCAGCUCCGCUACCUCAGCUCAUCAUCACCACAGGGACGUCCUGAAACCAGCCACAAUUGCCAAACCAGCCAAGCCUCUGAGGCCCAGCGAGCCUAGCAAAACAAACAAUCCUACUGACCCUGGUGACUCACUUACCAUAGCCAAACCUCCUAAACCAGCAGAGCCCAAAGUUGCUCAGGACAAGGAGCGAGGCAAGUGUGGCAGUGUACCGGAGAUGACAGAGGUCCCCGUGUUCCAUCCAAGCCCACGUGAAUUCCAUGACCCUUUGGUGUAUGUGGAGCUGAUGCGCGAGCAGGCCGAGGCUUUUGGUCUCUUUCGGGUGGUUCCACCAGCUGGGUGGCGGCCAGAAUGCAAGCUGAAAGAGGAGAUGCGUUUUGUCUCACAUGUUCAGCAUGUGCACAAGAUGGGCCGACGCUGGGGCCCUAACGUGCAGCGGCUUGCCUGCAUUAGGAAACACCUGCGUGCUCAAGGCAUCAACAUGGAUGAGCCGCCAUUAAUUGGUGGCUGUGAAUUAGACUUGGCCCGAUUCUUUCAGCUCCUGAAUGACAUGGGUGGCAUGCAGCAAGUGACAGACUUGAAGACAUGGAGUCGUCUUGCUGACCUGCUGGGCAUCCCACGCUCUGCACAGGACCGGCUCGCCAAGCUGCAGGAGGCCUACUGCCAAUACCUGCUCUCUUAUGACUCACUGUCUCCAGCACAGCGGGCUCAGCUGGAGAAGGAUGUGCUAACUGAGAAGGAGAGCCUGGAGAGGAGAAAUGGGCCCCUAGAAGGACAGGCAGACAUAUUGCAACAUGCCGCACUGCUCCUACCACGCUGUGAACCCAAGAACGGCCUGGUGAACGGAGCUCUUCACAGGACUGGUGUGCGAGAACGCCUCAGAGAGCUUGACCCCAUGGCCAGGAAUGGCCGUCAGGGACGGCAGGAGAGAAAAGAUGAAGGUGGCAUACUGUCUGACCUGCACAAAUGCAUAUACAAGGGGAAAUCAUUCUCUCUAACAACCUUCUACCGGGCAGCCAGGAAUACCAUGAAUAUGUGCUUCAGCCGGGAGCCAGACACAACUGAAGUAGAGCAACAGUACUGGAGAUUUGUCGAAGAAAAAGAGUGCCAUGUUGCAGUGCACUGUGGGAGAGUGGAUACAAAGACUCAUGGGAGUGGAUUUCCUGUGAGCAAGUCUGAGCCAUUUUCAAAGCAUGGAUGGAAUCUUACUGUGCUUUCCAAUAACUCAGGAUCCAUCUUGCGUCACCUUGGUGCUGUGCCAGCAGGAGUGACUAUCCCCUGGCUGAAUAUAGGCAUGGUGUUUUCUACCUCAUGUUGGUCCAGGGACCAGAACAGCCUUCCGUACAUAGAUUAUCUACACACUGGUGCUGAUUGCAUUUGGUACUGUAUUCCUGCCGAUGAGAUGUCAAAACUUGACAAAGUAGUUCACACACUGCUGCAGGCCAACGGAACCCCCGGGCUCGAGAUGCUGGAGAAGAACAUUAUGAUCUCUCCAGAGGUGCUACGUCAGGAAGGGGUGAAGGUGCACCGGACGGUGCAGCAGAGCGGCCAGUUCGUGGUGUGUUUCCCUGGGACCUUCGUGUCCAAGGUGUGUUGUGGCUAUAGUGUGUCUGAGACAGUGCAUUUUGCCACAGCUGAGUGGAUGAAGUUGGGCUAUGAGGCAGCGAAGGACUUGAAGAGAAGGCGUAUCGAGGAACCAUUUUCCACAGAGAAACUGCUCUGCCAGAUCGUCAUGUCUGAACCCAGACAGGAAAACAAAUAUGUAUUGAAUGCAGCUUCCUCACUUAUUGUAGAGCUCAGGGACACAGAGAUUAGCCAGCGCAGGCAGCUUUUUAAUGCCGGUCUCAGGCUGUCAGCCCGUUAUGGAAACCAGCCUGAAGGCCAGUUUCCCACAGAGAGGAAGAAAACGCACCGCACCAGGCUGAGUGAAGACACGGCUGACCGGCGCUGCCAGGUGUGCCAGCACCUCUGCUACCUCUCCAUGGUGGUUCAUGAAAGUGAUAAUGUAGUGUUCUGUCUGGAGUGCGCUCUUCGCUACAUUCAGAAGCGCAGGUCCCCUCGAGGUCUGAAAAUGAUGUUUCGUUAUACUGAGGAGCAACUCAGCAGUUUGGUAAAUCGGGUGUGCGGGAAAAUGUCUGAAAGGGCUGGAGAGAAGCGGAAAGCGACUAAUCCCAGUACGCUACCAGCAAAACGAAGCCCCCGAAACAAGAGCCCAAACCAGGCCUCGCUCUUACGCUCUGCCUCGAAAAACACCAAACUCUCUUGACCAAACUGUUAAACCAUUCCCUCGUUCCUGACGUCACAGUUCGUGCUGGCUCUCCAGUUCACUCCAGUUCCAUUUCACUUGGCAUGUCCCUACUACGUCUGCACCGCCGUGGUGGAAAGAUACUAAAGACAGUUAAAAGUGUUUCAUGAUUUUCUGGGGCACUUUUAUACUAGGGAAGCAGGAGGCAUUAAAAUGAAUUGAAUGUAUGGGAAGUAAACACACAUACACACAAACAUAUACAUACAGACACUAAGUAGUAAGGAACAUGGUUGUUAGGAACAUCUGGGUGAGACUGAGGAGCCCGAUCUCUCACACACAACGUUUUGCACUAGUACUGAGAUUGCGUUUUUUUUGUUUGUUUUUUUAGAGUAUUUUUGAGUUGUUUCAGCGUUCAAUUUAAAUAUAAAUAUACAUAAAUAUGAAUAUAUCCUAUACUGUACCAUUUGUGUUGAACUGGUGCUGUAGUGUCAAAUCUUCCAUAAGGCCUUCCAGGCUGUUUCUCUUGCGCUCACCAAUGUGGAUAGUUUUAUUUAAGGUCAAAGACCAACAUGUACGAUCAAGCCCCCUUUAAUGUCGGAUACAAUAAACAAUACUUAUUACUUAGCAGCCUGAAAUACCGAUCUAGAUAUAUAUCACUUUCCCCCUCCCUGUGGUAUAUGAAGGUGUGUGAUUCUGAUCUUGUUAGUGGAUUUUUUUUUUUACUGCACAUUUUCUGCCAGGCAACUUCCAAGGCCUUUACGAAUGCAUUUGGACUCAUUUUCAAAGCACAUUUUGAGGCCUUUUUCCAAACAAAAUUCAAUCUGAUAUAAGCUACUUUGAUAAUAGCUAUAUUAAAAAGUGAUGCCUAGAGCAGUUUGUACCUAUAUUUUAAGCAAUUAGAGCUAUUGAAAUAGUUAAGAAGCACUUUCCCUUUUCACCAUUAAGUCCUCUGGUUCAGCCUUUGUGAUGGGUGAUUAGCGUCCCUCCCCUUGACCAUGUAGAAUACUCCCUCCUUUACAAAGAAUAUGCUUUUGUUUACAUAGAAUAAAUAUUAUAACAUUAGAGUCUAAUACAAAUCUCUCCAAAUGUUUAUAUGCCAAUACAUUUUGUCACCUAAAAUGAAGCCUUUUGAGAGAAAGGUGUAGAAGAGUUUGGAUGAGGAAAACCAAGAUGAAGAAAAAGCCUUAUUCCCCUGUUGCUUUCUUCGUCUUUAUGAGUUUAGAUGUUCACAGGGUUGCUGUUGUAACAUAUGGAAAAAAAAAGUGCUGCUUAAUCACUGAAUAAGUAUGUAAUGGUGGUGAGCCCUAGUUUUUUAGCUUUACUUUUUUUAUUCAAAGGGAAAAAACAAACAAAUCUUUUACCAUGUAGUAGCUUAUCAUAAUGCACUGACUGUAAUGAAGUCCUGUAGUCCUGCCUAGUUGCCCCCCCCCCUCCCCUCUUCCAGAAGACUGGUGUUUUGAGCAUAGUAUAACUGAACAGUGUUUCCAAACAAAUGUGGUUGUAAACUUUUUUAUGGCCUUAAAAUGUUUCCGAUCACUUUUCCCUGUUUUCUACCGUAAAAUUCUUGCUUGGCUUAAUUACUUUUUAUUUAUAAGCGUUGAUUCUCAGUCUUCAAUCUUCUAGUGUUGUUUUGGUUACUGGCCUUUUUUUACUUUUCAGGUUUGUAUAAUUUUGUUGUAAUAAACAAAUCACUGUCAAUCCUUCAAAAC